GCCGCGGAGGGGACCCGCGGCCCGGGCGAGAGCUCGCCAGCCCCGCCGCGAUGCCCCCGCGUCCAGGACGCCUUCUCCAGCCGCUGGCCGGGCUACCGGCCCUGGCCACGCUCCUGCUUCUGCUCGGAGCGCGCAAAGGUGCCCGGGCCCAGGAGGUGGAAGCGGACGGCAGGGUCGAGCAGGACCCGCACGCCAAGCACCUGUAUACGGCCGACAUGUUCACGCACGGGAUUCAGAGCGCCGCGCACUUCGUCAUGUUCUUCGCGCCCUGGUGUGGACACUGCCAGCGGCUGCAGCCAACUUGGAAUGACCUGGGAGACAAGUACAACAGCAUGGAGGAUGCCAAGGUCUACGUGGCUAAAGUGGACUGCACGGCUGACUCGGACGUGUGCUCCGCCCAGGGAGUGCGAGGAUACCCCACCCUGAAGUUUUUUAAGCCUGGACAAGAAGCGGUGAAGUACCAGGGUCCUAGAGACUUUGAAACACUGGAAAACUGGAUGCUGCAGACACUGAACGAGGAGCCAGCUACACCAGAGCCGGAAGCGGAACCACCCAGAGCCCCUGAGCUCAAGCAAGGGUUGUAUGAGCUCUCGGGCAACAACUUUGAGCUGCACGUUUCUCAGGGCGACCACUUUAUUAAGUUCUUCGCUCCGUGGUGUGGUCACUGCAAAGCUCUGGCACCAACCUGGGAGCAGCUGGCCCUGGGCCUUGAACAUUCUGAAACUGUCAAGAUUGGCAAGGUAGACUGCACGCAGCACUAUGCUGUCUGCUCAGAGCACCAGGUCAGAGGCUAUCCAACUCUGCUCUGGUUUCGAGAUGGCAAGAAGGUGGAUCAGUACAAGGGAAAGCGGGACUUGGAGUCACUAAGAGACUACGUGCAGUCCCAGCUGCAGGGCCCAGAGGCGGCUCCGGAGACUGUGGAGCCUUCAGAGGCACCAGUGAUGGCUGCCGAGCCCACAGGCGACAAGGGCACUGUGCUGGCACUCACCGAGCAGAGCUUCGAGGACGCUAUUGCACAAGGAAUAACCUUCGUCAAGUUCUAUGCUCCGUGGUGUGGCCAUUGUAAGAAUCUGGCUCCUACCUGGGAGGAGCUCUCUAGAAAGGAAUUCCCAGGCUUGGCAGACGUCACCAUCGCAGAAGUGGACUGCACCGCUGAGCGCAGUAUCUGCAGCAAAUACUCGGUACGAGGCUAUCCCACACUGCUGCUUUUCCGAGGAGGUGAAAAAGUGGGUGAGCACAACGGAGGCAGAGACCUCGACUCUUUACACAGCUUCGUUCUGCGCCAGGCCAAGGAUGAACUAUAGGAUCCCCGGUGACGUCAUCCGUCCUGGCCUUAUGCACCCCGUGCAUAGGCGUGAGCUCACAUGGACGUGCACAUUUUCACUGUGGUUAGUCAGAAAGUUGAAUGUAUUAAGCUUGUGUUGCUUCCUGUGUGCUCUGAGCCACCACACACUACGGACCUUAAGUUUCCUCUAAUCAUGGCUCAUGGUCCCUGGGCAAACCAAAUAUUUUCAGUGGCGAUUCACCCUGUAACCUUCUCUUGACAGAAUUAAAUUGGCUCCCUUUGAAACUAAAA